GGGGUAGGGUUUCACAGCCCUCAGAAGCCCGUCGUCUCUCUUUAUCACGACAAGCAUCAUCACUCGUUGUUGUUUGGUUGAGUGAUGUUGUCUCCCUCUACUGGUCAAACAUCACACUUUCCUUCUACUUUCAUCGACUUGGUCUUUUCUUAUCAUAUUUUGCUUCCUUAUUUUUUUCAACUUUUUUUAAUCUUCUUACUCUUUUUUCUUACCACUUUCCUUGAAACUCAGUUUAGUAGCUUAUGUUUGAUUUUGCUAUCAUGGGUAUGCUUUGAUUUCCAUAAAGAUUCAACUUUUGCCUUUUAUUUUUCAUGGGUUAGUUAUUAUCCUAAAUUCAAUAAUGACCUCGUGCACUUUACUACUACUUUACUUCAAUUAUUAAGAUUCCUUGGAACUCUUUCGUUUUCUUCAUCCAUGUUUAAAGCUUCACCAAACACGCGCUGAAAUGUUUCAAAAUUGAACUUCACAGUUUUGAUAAAGUCUUCAUUUGGUUCUGUUGUACUUCUCCAUAGAAGCAACAAUUGUUUCUUCUUAUAAUAAUCAUCGUCGUCCUCAUCAUCACCAUCAUCAUAAUAGCAAAGGACACUCCCUUGAAUGGGAACUGAUAGUUGUAAAGUGGUAGAGACAUUACCAGAUCCCCGCUCUUUUAAGGUACAUCGUAGACUCUGCACAGAACUCAAGAAAUUAGUUGAUAGGGUGUUAAGGAUCUUUCCACAGAUAGAGGAAGCGCGCCCUCGGUCCUCAUCAGGAAUACCGGCUCUGGUUUUGCUUACCAGUACAGUUGAUAAAGCCAAACAACUUCUGCAAAAUUGCUCUGAUUCUAGUGUACUUUAUCUGGCAAUAACAGGGGAGUCAAUUCUCUCAAAAUGCCAAAAGUCAAGAAAGUCAUUAGAGAAAAGCUUAGUCCAGAUUCAAGAUAUAGUUCCUGUUAUGUUGGCUGCAGAGAUUUCUCGAAUAGUUGAUGAUCUUAGGCGUGUCACCUUUGUCCUGGAUUCUGCUGAAGAAGAGGCUGGGAGGGUUAUGAGAGAAUUGCUCCAACAAGGUCCUUCAACCGCAGAUAACGAUUCAAAGGAAAACUCAGACGUAAAAUCUCUUCAGUUUGCAGCGGCAAGACUUAAUAUCACAUCCGCAACAAGCAUCGUAAUAGAGAGAAGAUCUAUUAAGAAGUUACUACAAAAACUUGGACAAAAUGAGGAAACCAAAAAGGUGAUCUUGAAAAAUCUGUUGUAUCUUCUAAUAAAGUAUGGAAACUUAUUAAACACGGGAGAACAAGAGGAGGUUUAUUCUCAUCGUGAAGAACCAUCGGCGAAUGAGAACUCCAGUCAUGAUUCUUUACGCACCGAUAGUGUGAAUUCUGAGCCGUAUUCAAACCACGAUCAGUAUGGAAUUCGUGCCAGCGAGUUGAUUAGAGUCACACCUCCGGAGGAAUAUGCGUGCCCGAUAUCUUUAAGGUUGAUGUAUGAUCCUGUUGUCAUUGCUUCAGGAGAAACAUACGAGCGGAUGUGGAUACAAAAAUGGUUUGAUGAGGGUAAUGUUAUAUGCCCGAAAACUAAAAAGAAACUGCUGCAUUUGGCGAUGACUCCUAACGUUGCUUUAAAGGAAUUAAUAUCAAAAUGGUGCAAAACUAAUGACGUCUCCAUUCCUAAUCCAAGUAGGCAAGCGGAAGACAUUCGCUCAUGGGAAGCUUCAGUCACUUCCAUUAGGAGUUUCGGAAGUUCCAUGAAUGGUUUGAAUGUGCCAAUGGAUCUUAGUAACGUAUCAUUUGGAUCAGUAGAUAACAGUUAUAAUUCAGAUUCCUCACUUGUGAAGGCUAGUCGUGGCUUAAAUUCGAUGUUGAUCAAAACUAGAAACAGUUCUCGCGGGCAUCAAUCUCGUUCGCAGAUACAUGGCUCAUAUCUGGCGUCCUUGUCUGAACUUCAUGAGCGUCAAUGGGAUUCACAGUGCCAAGUAGUCAAAGAUAUGAAAAUAGAUUUCAAAUGCAAUUCCGAAGCUUUUAACUCUGUGUCACCGGAUAAUUUCAUUGACCCAGUUACGAGAUUUCUGAGCACUGCAUAUGAUAAGCAUGACACAAAAGCUCUGCGAAGUGGAUGUCAAUUACUGUUGGAAUUUACAAAGUACUGCAGAAAUGGUGUGACAAACUUAAGUGAAGAUACAUGCAGUGUGUUGGCAAGUCUGCUAGAGACUGAAGCGAUUGGAGAAGCUCUUGCUAUACUGGAAGAAUUGUCGAACCAUUGGUCCGAUAAAGCGAACAUUGCAGCUUCCAAUGCACUGACUUCUAUUUUAAAGAUCCUUGAUUCUGGUAACCAAGAGUACCAACGGAAAGCUAUUAGAAUAAUGUGCAAUUUUUCAUCCAAUUCUGAAUUUUGUUCGUAUAUCGUGUCUCUCGGGUGCAUCCCAAAAUUACUACCAUUUUUCGAAGAUAAGUCCCUUUCAAGAGACUGUAUAUGCAUAUUGAAAAACCUUUGUGAUACUAAAGAUGGUAGGGUAUCUGUUGUUGAAACUAAGGGAUGCAUGUCUUGUGUUGUUGAAAUACUUGGGUCCAGCACAGACGAAGAAAAGGAAUUUGCACUGGCGAUUGUACUCUCUUUGUGCUCUCAACGCGUGGAAUAUUGUGAGUUGGUUAUGGAGGAGGGUAUUAUACCGUAUCUUGUCAAUAUCUCCAAUAUGGGAAACGAUGGCACAAAGGUGUAUGCGUUGGAACUGCUCCGACUUUUAAGGGAUGUCGAGAGCGAAGGUUGCUUUGAGCAGAAUCUCGACAAAUCUAGAGAUUCCAACUAUCAAUAUGAAGAAAAGAAAUCGUCAAAGAAAUCCACAUUUUUGAACAAGCUAUCACGGUUCGGAAAAUCAAGUUCAAUUUCAUCAAAAAACAAGAGAUAAAACUGAGCUCUCCUUAUUAUAAGGGACAUUCCGGAUUGGUGGAUGCAAACAUGAUUAUUAGAUAGUCUUACUAUUUGUGAUUGGAUAUAGGAUAUAUGUUUCUUGCAGUUUAGUCUAAUCUUGCAUCACUUAUUAUGAGAUCAAAAUAUUCUUUCAUAAGUUGUUUGCUGGGUAAUUUUGGACCGUAACUUCUGGCUGUAUGAUAUGAUGUGUAGUUUUGUUGUAUGAUAUAAUGUAUAUAUAGUUAUUUUGACAUGCCAAAGCCAAACAAGGGUUAGAGAAGGUAGUUGGCAAGUUCUCCCUUUCCUCCCCUUCUCUCAAGAAUGAAGAUGCUAGAGGGAGGGAUGAUUGGUUUCUUGUGAUUUGGUGAAUGGUGAUCAUAGAUUAUAGCUGUAGAAAUAGCCUUAGGUUAGGCACUGAGCUGAUUUUUCCAUUAUUAUUGUAUAUAUGACUAUAUGUUGAAUAAUAUCUUCUAUACUUUUUACUGCUCA